AUGGGAGAUCUUCCUACCGCAAGAGUAACUCCAGCUCGACCAUUCACUACCAGUGGCGUUGACUAUUGUGGCCCUUUUGACAUGAAAGUUGUCAAUCUCCGCGGAAUGCGUCAUAUCAAAACCUACAUCUGUGUUUUUGUUUGUUUUGUGACAAAGGCAGUGCACUUAGAAGUUGUAGAAGAUUUAACAACUGAGGGAUUCAUCGCUGCACUCACACGAUUCAUCUCCCGAAGAGGAUUCUGUAAAGAUAUCUAUUCCGACUGUGGCACGAACUUCGUAGGCGCUGAUUCUGCACUGCGUCGAACAAUCAAAAACACCCUGAGCACCAAAGAAUCUGAAGAACACCUGUUGCAUUUCACUUCAUCCAGGAAAAUAAAUUUCCACUUCAAUCCUCCUGCUUCGCCCCAUCAAGGUGGUCUGUGGGAAGCAGCAGUGAAAAGUGUCAAAUACCAUCUGCGCCGUGUCAUGGCACUCACUCCAGGACAUUUCCUCAUAGGAUCUCCGCUGGCAUCAAUUCCAGAAGAAGACCAUACUGAUAUUCCACUAACUCGGCUCAAAAGAUGGCAUCUAGUACAAGCUCUCCACCAAAGGAUUUGGAAGCGCUGGCAACUAGAGUACCUUCAUACACUCCAGCAACGAUCCAAGUGGACUCAUAAGACAGAAAACAUAAAAGUUGGAGAUCUAGUCUUGAUCCACUCUUCAUCGCCUCCUUUGUCCUGGCCCCUUGCCCGUGUCACACAGUUGCAUCCUGGCACAGAUGGACAAGUCAGGGUUGUUGAUCUGAAGACUCAACAUGGUUACCUUACUAGACCAGGUGUUAAAGUGUUCCCUCUCCCUCAAAAAUAA